CGUCUCGUCACCAGAACCCAGCCCGGACAAUGCUCUCGUCCACUUCUGCCAGACGUCUUUCGCUCCUCGGAUCGCAAGUAGCUUCUUCCGCUCGUCUGUCUUCUACCGCUGCCAUGGCUCCUGCCGCAAAGUACAAGGUCUCGGUCAUCGGCUCCGGCAACUGGGGAAGCGCGAUUGCCAAAAUCGUGGCCGAGAACACCGCCAGCAACCCGGAGGCCUUUGACCUCAACGUCCGCAUGUGGGUCUUCGAGGAGAUGAUUGGCGACAAGAAACUCACAGAGAUUAUCAACACCCAGCACGAGAACGUCAAGUAUCUGCCCGGCAUCCGUCUUCCCUCCAACCUCGUCGCCGUGCCUGAUCUCGUCGAGUGCGUCACCGGGUCCGACAUCCUGAUCUUCAACGUCCCGCACCAGUUCCUCCCCCGCAUCUGCUCCCAGCUCAAAGGCAAAAUCCCUCCGUCCGUGCGUGCCGUGUCCUGCAUCAAGGGUGUCGAGCUCUCCGCCAACGGCAUCACCCUGAUCGCCAGCUACAUCACCGAGCAGCUCGGCAUCUACUGCGGCGCCCUCUCCGGUGCGAACCUCGCGCCCGAGGUCGCCCAGGAGAAAUUCUCCGAGACCACUAUCGCCUACAAGGUUCCCGACGCGGCCGACUCAAUCACGCAAAAGACAAUCAAGACUCUAUUCCACAGACCCUACUUCCACGUCUCGGUCGUCAACGAUCUCGCGGGUGUCUCGCUCGCCGGUGCGCUCAAGAACAUCGUCGCCCUGGCCUCGGGCUUUGUCGACGGCAUGGGAUGGGGUGACAACGCCAAGGCGGCUAUCAUCCGUCGCGGACUGCUGGAAAUGACCCAGUUCAGUCGUGAGUUCUUCCCCGAGAGCGAGGCAUCGACUUUUACCGAGGAGUCCUGCGGUGUUGCCGACGUCAUUACCUCCUGCGCUGGUGGCCGAAAUCAUAAGCUCGGCGUGGCGAUGAUCAAGACUAAGAAGCCUGUCUUUGAGCUCGAGAACGAGCUGCUGAAGGGUCAGAAGGCUCAGGGAGUCACCACCGCGCAGGAAGUCAACGCUUUCUUGACGAAGCGCGGCAAGGCUGCUGAGUACCCGCUCUUUACUGCUGUCAACGACAUUAUCUUCAACGGCCUCGAUAGCUCCGCGCUUCCAGAAAUCCUGGAGAAGGUCGAGAAGAAGGUUGAGUAGAGUGAAUACGUAUCGGCAGCCUCUUCCUGGAUUGAAAUGACUGUCUCUCAGAUUCUUUGAGUCUUUUGGCUACUACUUGGUAUUAUCUGGUUUGGUUUGCUUUUUAUUUUCAUGUUCAAAGGUGGCGAGAGCUUUUUGACCUACUCUGAUUUCACUGCCGUAUCAGAGCAUUGUUCCUUUAUAUGCCAUAUGAGCCUUUAUGCAUCAUCUGGUUGUGUAUAGCUUCUCAUUUCCUUUCUUAUCGCCUCUCGCCACCUUUCAACGAUUUUUCGGAUUCUGUCUCUGAAUCAUUAGAUGAUCAAAUUAAUUAGAUUUUGGAUUUUGUUUUGUCAGGCCGUAUCAUAAUUUGCUUUUCACAUAGUAUCUUUCCACGUAGCCAACUGCCCAAGGGAUCAUCCAGUCUACAAAAUGUAUAUGAGCCUUCUACUGAUAAAUACUGUAUUCUCCAAAUAUUCCG